AUGGAUCUAAAUCACAAUCUGCAAGUUAUAGAGUUGGUAAAAGCUCAAAACUCACCAGAUAAUAACCUUCGUAAACAAGCAGAACUUGAUUUUAAUAAUUUAGUGAAAAAUGAUCCAUCAUCUUCAGCAUUGAGCUUAGUUCAAAUCGCUCUGGACGAGUCAAUUCCAAUUGAUAUAAGACAGGCAUGCUUACUACAUCUCAGAAGAAUAGUACCUCAGUAUUGGUCACUUGGAUUUCAAUCAUUUUUGGGGCCUCCGAUUAAACAAGACGUGAAAGGAAUCGUUAGGCAUCUCUUGCUUCAAAUAUCAUUUACAUCUACGAACACCAAGCUAAGGAAGGCGUGUGCAUACGUUAUUGUUCAAAUAGCAUCAUCGGACUAUCCUGACGAAUGGAGUGAUCUCCUUUCGCAGUUGUACAAUCUGACCGCUGACACUAAUAAUGAAACCUCUAUACUUGGAGGAUUGACUGUGUUUAACGACUUAUUCGAUGAAAUCAUUGACGAAGAACAGUUUUGGGAUAGGAAGCUUGGAUUUGAGCUCCUUAAUCAUCUCAAUUUUUUGCUUAGCCAGGAAAGGUUAAGCUCCGAAACUAAAACUCAGUGUAUAAAGCUCUAUCAAAGUAUCAUAACGACUUUUGAGAGCCCCGAAGCAUACACUUCCGAUGAAAGAAAGAACGCUGUUCAUGAGCAAGUAAGGCAAAUUAUUGACUUGUUCACGUCAUUACUUGGCCAGUCUUCGACUGCUUCGACGGGCCACGGUCUUGAAGUCUCUUGCGCCGAACUAUAUUAUAGAUCUUACAUCUACAAAGUCCUAAUUAGCAUUUUGGGAAGCUUUGGUAGGCGAAUUCCAGAACAAUCUAAACUUCUUUUGAUGGAAAUAGCUUUAAAUGAUCUCACAUAUCUCACUAAUGUUUAUGAUAGUAUUGCAGUGGAAGCGGACAGGAAACUCUCAAUUUCAUGCUCAGAUGAUCUCGGGGAACCGCCCCAAAUCGUAUCAAAUUUAUUACUUGAGUUGUUACAAACAAUUGGUUUACUACAAAAUGAUAUCAAUAUCAAAUUGAAAUUAGAGGAUCGUUCUGCUUUAUUCUUUGAAUGUCUUUUUCGGAUCUCAGUUUUACCAAGAGAAACAAUUGAAAAUUAUGAAUCUGAUUUUAAUACUUAUGUCACAGACAUCAAUGGCUUAUCUCCUGUGGUAAGUGUACGUGAUUCGGUUUACGAGUUUCUCUCUGAACUUAAUAAUACGGAUGCAGAAGAAGAGUUUAGUCUUUUGUUUCAAGCUUUAUCUUCAGGUGAUUCAAUGAAAUGGCAACUCAAGGAAGCUUAUUUGUUUAUGAUUGAAGGUCUUUUUACAAACGAGGAUUCAGGCUCUAUAGCUGCUAAUAUUCCUUUGACUAAUCUUUUACAAACUUUAACUAGACACAUAUCUCAAGAAAAUUCCCAAUAUCAUAAUCAAUUGGUUACUGCCAGAACAUUUUUGAUGUUGCCAAAAUUUUUUGAAAAAUUUCGUCUGAAAAUGUCGGUAGAAACUUUCGGAGGAAAGGCUUUUACGGAUAUGAUUUUGUUUGUUAGUAGUUAUAGUGGUCCAGCUGAUUUGUUCAACUUAGUUAAGGUUAGCGUGUUAGUUUGCGUGACCUUGUACAGUCAUUUGUUCAAUUUAGUUGGGCUGAUCGAUGCCUCCAAGAAAAAUGAGCUUCAGUUCGCUAUCCUACAAAUGAUACUAUCUUUAGUAGAUGAUAGUGAGGAAGAUGGGCUUCCAGCUUUACUUGAAGCAAUUGAUGUUGCCUCUGAAAUGGAUCCCAAUUUUGCAUCAACGGUGUAUAUUGCAGAGGGAGUUAAUGUCAUUGACCUAGUGUUUAAAGUAGCUUUCAAGGAUCCGUCAAAUGUUCAGUUGACGAUUGACGCUCCCAAUUGUAUUAAAGCACUUUUAGACAAAGUUACUCUUGACGUAUAUCUCAGUAAUUGUGAUAAGUCGUUACCCUUUAUCUUUAACAUCAUCAAGAGUAGUAUUGAAACUUCGUCCGGUGACUAUAGUCCAGAGUUGUAUUUAUCUUUGGAGUUACUUGGGGUUAUAAUCAACUCCGUACCUACUGCUGACAAUGAUUUCCCUUCUCUGGUAUUCGGCUACACUUUUCCAUUUCUUAAAGAUUUGAUUCUUUUAUCAAAUGACAACCAAAUUUUACAAAGUGGAGGGGAGGUCUUUAACAAUUUGCUUCAGAAGGCUUCAGAAUCAUUUAUUAAUUAUAGAGAUCCUAAGACAAAUGAGUCAGGAAUGGACUUGCUUUUGCUCAUAGUUUCAAAGUUUUUAUCUCCAUCCUUAUCAGAUAGUGCUGCAAUGUAUUGUGGUAUUAUUGUUUUAUCUUUAAUUAAAAAGUUUCACGACUAUCUUGAUAGUAAUUUCUUGUCUCAGAUACUUGCAGCUACGGUGAAAAGAUUAAUUAUUUCCAAGGAAGCAGUUACAACGGAAAAUUUGACUAUGGUUAUUUGUGAUCUAGUUUUGCAGUCACCCCAAGAUAUGAUAAACUUUUUGUGCGAUGAAACACUACAAGAUCCUAAAACGGGACAUCAAAAAUAUGCUUUGGCACUUGUCAUGCCAAUAUGGUUCGACACUUUCGAAGUUACUAGAGGGUAUGAGAAAAUAAAGCAAAAUGUCUUGGCUUUGGGACAAGUAUUCUCGUUAGGAGAUAAGCGAGUUGAGAGUUUAAUAGUGAAUGGAGAUAUUAUCCCUUACGAAGGAGAUCUUAUUAUCACGAGGUCCAUGGCUCGUGAAAUGCCCGACAAAUAUACCCAGAUUCAUGCUCCAUUAAAAAUUCUCAAGCUUCUUUGCUCCGAGUUGAGCUUCCAGUGCCAGCAGCCAGAUCCCAAUGACUAUCUCCCAGAUGAUCAAACUGGCUCUCAUAGAGAUGGAGAUGAGGAGGACUGGGAGGACAUGGAUGAUAUAGGAGUGCCAAAUUACGAGAAAUUAAAAUCUUAUGUUGACUCAGAUGAAGAGGGAGACGAGCAUGAUGAUCAAAAUGGAGAUGGGUCGCUCAAAGAGAUUCUCAUUGAGUUUUUCAAAGAAUGUGUGACCAAGAAUUUAGGUAGUUUUCAAUAUUUCUACACCCAGCUCAACGAUAACGAGAAGAAAAUUAUUACUGAAUGCUUGGUAUUUUAA